AUGAGAGGUCUGCUUCGCUUGCUGGCGCUUUGGCUAGCCGUACACAGAGCAUCAACCGAAAUCAACUCGUCGUCCGACCUGAACUGUGACUUUUCGACGAAUUGUCUGUGGCGAAACGGUACUAACGGGGUUGAGGAUUCCGGUGAAUUCGCGCCCGGAACUAGCCUCCAGAUGGACGACUAUCACAAGGUGACGGCGCUGCGGACGGAUAGAGAUGAUCCCUUCAUCUACUCCUCGGCUUUUGGGGGCCGGCAAACGGCGCUCCUCGUCAGCGACGUGGUCAGCUGCCAACUGGGAGGAGCCUCGUUGAAGUAUUGGUACUGGAAGACCGGCUCUGAUGUGAAGCUGGACAUUUGCGUGCGGCAACCACCCGGAAGUCGAGAUCCCGCGAAUCUGAAGUGCUACGACGGCCUCGCUUCCACCCACGCGCAGCAGUGGAUCUACCGUAGCGUCGAGUUUCCGCCUAUAUCGCAGCCGUUUGAGCUCGUCUUCCGCGCCACGUUCACCGCUCCGAUGGACAUCAUCGCGCUGGACGACAUCUUCUACGACGCCAUCCUUUGCAGUGAACGGCUCGCUGUCGAGGGCGGCUACGACGCCAGGAAGAAUAUUUUUAUGUCGUCGACUUCGAAAAAUGAAGCCUUCCAAGCCCCCACGUCAGAUGAAGUGGAACUUGAGCGAGAAAUCGGCGGAUCUCAAGUUUCUGCUCAGCGACAACAACAACAGGGUCAUCUUCGCGAGCUUCAAAAGCUUCAGGCCUACUCGGAUGAGCUUAUGUGGCUUGGCAAGCUUCCCACUCAGCUUAACGAGCUGAGAAAGCUUCGGAAUGAGUCCAGGAAGCUUCGAAAGCUUGAGCCUUCCUCUGACGAGCUUCAGGGGAUUGGCGAGCUUUACGACGCAUCUAAAAAGCUUGAGGAGCUUCAGGAAUCCAUUCCAAAGACUGAAAAUUCAUCUGAUCAGCUUUGCGAGCUUCAAAGCCACCUGCUGAGCUCACUCUAUCCGUUUCUGCAAGCCGCCCAAGCCGGCUUGGCUAGCCACGCGAAACGUACACGACGUUCCCCUCCAACGAUCAGCGUCGAGGGCUGGAAGAAGCUGCGGGAGAGCGGAAAUCUUGGAAAACAGACGCUUCUGGUCGUUUCUGAAGACGUUCAGGUCGUUGAGCCCGACAACGAUAUCACUCCAGUGACUAUGGGUCCAGAAAUGACUACAGCAAGUUCAGCAACGACAACUGAAGAGGUCACUUCCACUUCUGAAGCUCCAGAAACCCCAAAAAACUGGCCGGACGAGGAGCUGCUCACGACGUCUUCAGAAAGUCCAGUGACUUCUCCCCCAACUACCAUGAGCCCCGAGCAGAACAUGGCCAAUAUGGUGGCGCUGCUCAAGGGCGUGGCGCCAGUGCUACCCUACGUCCCGACGCUCGUCCAAACGCUCCAGGCCCUAGACCCCCGGGCACAAGCUCAAGGAGUUCAGGCCCCGCAGGCUUUUGGAGAGAAGCUCCUUGACGGGGUGUCCCCAAUAAUCCCCAUUAAUGCGCCGGCGCCCAGCUUGAGCCUGUUGCCCACCCCGGCCUCAACCGUCGACAACUCAGAGUCGCUGAUCAAGCUCGCCAAGCAGUUCGGCAUUUUCGGGGAGGAGCCAGACGUCGGGCUUCCGGCACAGCCCACAUUUGCCCCGGAAAUCCCGGUACCCAGGGGUUUGGGUACGGUAGCGGGGUCAGAGUUUAGCGACCAGCUCGAGGCGCUUGUCUCCUCGAAUCCUGGCAUUGGGAAACUGCUGGGGGCCAAGGAUACGGUGGCUGGGUCGGCAUUUAGCCAGUCGUUCCCCGGACUUCUCCCCACUGCAACGAGGGAUACGGUAGCUGGCGUGAAAAAUAGUCAAUUUCCCGAGAGUUUGCCUACCGUAACUAGCGACACGGUAUCUGGAGCGCAAAAUAGGCAAUUUUCCGGAGCUUUUCCUACGGCGCCCGGGCCGCAAAAUAGCCAAUUUUCCGGAAGUUUCCCGGAUACGGUGGGUGCAAAACAUACCGUACCCUCACCAAAAAGCAAGCCCGAAAACAAUCUUUUCGGCUUCGAGCGAAUUCGCCCCGGGACCACGACCCCGCUGCCAAAUUACUCGACCAUCUACCCGCCCAAGGUCAACAACAUGAAGCAGCUCGAGAAGCAAAACCAGGAAACUGCUGAGGUACUGCAGAAUGCAAUUGAUGAAGAGGGCGUAGAUCUCAGCGUCCUUAGUGAGGCGCAACUCGCCCAACUCGCCGAAAUUCACAGGAAAAUCUUCGCCCACAAGUCGGCGACCACCGAGCCGACGCUGGUCGUCUACAAAAAGCGCUCUAAUGGCCAGGGCACCGCCGAGAUGGAGAAGCGUUUCCGGGAGAUCGCCUCGAAAUUGCCGCCCGAUGUGCUUAAGGACUUGAAGAUGUUGAAAGACAUCCCCAACCUGGACGAGCUGGUGCAGGGCCUCGACACGUCGCUGAUCACGAAGCCGGGCGGAUUCGCCAAGUUGAAGCAGCAGUUCAUCGAGCGGCUGAUGCGGAGAACGAUGGGGUUGCCGAUGAUGGGGCCACUUGCCUCAAACUCGGGCGGCACCGAGGGCGCUGGCGGUGGGUUUGGCGGCACGACAAAUGGGUUUGAUACCGUACCCGAGCCCCCGCGUGUUCCUGACUUUGGCUCGAGCCUUUUCCAAGCCGAUCAGGGGCUGAGGAAAUCGACGCUAGCUGCUCCGAGCUUCUCAGAAAGUAUCGAUCCUCCCGCGCCACCGAGAUCGCCAUUCGACGAAUCUCAUUUUGGAUAUUCGAGGGCCUCCGCGGCCAAGACCGCAGCAAUCGGCCCCAAUGACGCUACGCCUCGCUUGACGGGGCCGAGACUUGGCCCAGCCUACGAUCCGAGAUGUCCACCAGUUGAUUGCACUUUCGACCUGAAUAUGUUCUGCGACUACGUGAACGCCGUCGUCGACAGUGACCUGCUCGGGGUCCGCGAGGGUGCUAAGGAGUGGCAGCUGGCCCGGGAGAAGGUCGAAAACACUCUGACCGGGAUCUCAAAGGACCUGUCCGGGCGGGGAAGCUACAUCUGGGCGGGCGGUGUCGACGAGCCGAAGGACAUGUUCGUGCUCUCCUCCCGCGCGCCGCUGACGCUGCCCGCCGCGUCGCGGCUCGACUUUUUUGUGCAUAUUGCGGGUGUGGCGGGACGGCUGCGCGUCUGCUUUGACAGUCUGCAGCAGUGCCCGUUCGAGGUCAGCCACCGGCAGAUCGGGGUACACGCGCGGCAGUGGAACAACUUUUUCGUGACAGUACCGGAGGGGUCUCAUACGAUCCAUUUCGUUGCGGACGGUCUUCGGAAGAACUACGUCGUCGGCCUCGACCACAUCCAACUCCUCUCCAAGUACGGCCAGUCCGCGCAGCCUUGC